AUGAAUAUGCGCUUCUCGACCAUCCUGACCCUGUUAUUGGCGGGGAUAUGUGGUACAUUGGCUCAGACACCGGGCUUUGAUCCCAUGAGCAAGCCGACCAACUGGCAAGACGUAACCGCCGGAGAAAACUUUCAGAUUGUCUGGGACCCAACAAGCUACAAGGGAACAAUCACCUUGGAGCUGCUCGGCGGUGGAAGCCCAGCUACAUUAUGGAUCCUGGGUAACAUUGCUCAGGGUGUUGAUAAUCAGCAAGGACAAUACAACUGGGCUGUGCCGACUAAUCUCGGCCAGUUGGAAACAUAUGGAAUACGCAUCUUGCUCGAGUCUAACCCUUCGAUCCUGCAAUAUUCCUUUCCAUUCCACGUUCGACAGCCAAAGGCUGGUGCAAGCACCCAGUCCCCAGCCCAGUCGACACCCCAAGCUGCUCCAUCUGCACCGGCAGUCAAUUCUGUCUCACAAGUUGCAUCCCAGCCAACCUCGCAGACCUCUCCAAUCGCGUCUCAAGCUUCACAGACGAUAAGCCAGUCUGCUCCCAAAAGCACCUCUCAGGCUGCAUCUCAAGCGGCGACUUCUACUAUCCUUGCAAAUACCGCAAAGACCACACCCCCCGCAACUACACAACCCGCACCCCAGCCAACGGUCCAGACCAUUACUCGGCUGCCCGAGAGAUGCAAGGUUCGACGGCGUUGGGCCCCUUCUGACUUUGGGUAUUCAAGCUAUUGA